AUGGCUAGCGGCUUCGCUGAAAUUGACGGUGAGAGAACGGCACAUUCAGUCUUGGUAGUCGAUGGCCAGACUCUCACCAUCAUCGAGGCUGAUCGAGCUUCAAUGGCGCUCUUCGCGGAUCUGGCCAUUCGUGCAGACUCUGUCAUUUGUUGUCGAGCCUCUCCUAGUCAGAAAGCGUCACUAGUCAAGACCAUCAGGACCAAAGUCAAGGGCUCGGUAACUCUCGCCAUUGGGGAUGGUGCCAACGACAUCGCGAUGAUUCAGGAAGCGCAUCUCGGAAUUGGCAUUGCUGGCAAGGAAGGCUUGCAAGCUGCAAAGACGUCCGAUUACUCAAUUGCCCAGUUUCGCUUCCUGCUCAAGCUUGUUUUGGUCCAUGGAAGGUGGAACUACAUUCGCAUCUGCAAAUAUGUUCUUGGCACUUUCUGGAAGGAAAUGUUAUUCUACCUGAUCCAAGCCGUCUACCAGCGAUGGAAUGGAUAUACUGGGACCAGUCUGUACGAGCCUUGGAGUUUGUCCAUGUUCAAUACGCUGUUCACCAGUCUUCCGGUCAUCUUCAUGGGUGUGUUCGAGAAGGAUCUCGCUGCGUCGACGCUUUUAGCAGUCCCCGAGCUGUACAACAUCGGCCAAAGAAACAGAGGCUUUAAUCUCAAGCUAUACGUGUGGUGGGCAGGCCUCGCCGCUUGUGAGGCCGUCAUUGUCUAUUUCAUCGUGUAUGGCAUAUAUGGUAUGGCGAUCUUUACGCGAGAUCAAGGACUGUACGCCAUGGGUUCGAUCGCGUUUAGCGGGUGUGUGGUCAUAAUCUCACUCAAGCUGCAAUUUAUCGAGUUGCACAACAAGUCGGCGGCGGCAGCCCUCGCCAUCUUCUUGUCGGUGGGUGGUUGGUGGCUCUGGAAUCUUAUCUUGGGAGUAAUUUAUCCUCAAGAUGUGAUUUACAGCGUCAACCACGGAUUCCUAAACCGCUUUGGCCGGAACCUUUUGUGGUGGCUUACGUUGUUGCUCGUCAUCCUGUCGAUUUGUCUCUUGGAGAUCAUCAUCAAGACCAUUAAAGUGGCCAUCUGGCCCAGUGACGUCGACACAUUCCAAAGGCUCGAACAGGAUCGAGAGGUCCGGAAGCGUUUCGAGGAAGCCGCCGCGGAUCUCCUCCAACAGGGCUGGGAUCGAGGCACGAAAAAGUCCAGCCUGGAAUUGGCCCGGGACGAAGCCGAACAAGCGGAAAGAGAGGCCCAAGUGCAGGCGCUGUUGGACCGACCACGUGAUAUGAACCGGAGGAAACCAUUCGUCAGGGAAGUCUCGAGUACGAGUACGACGCAGGUGGUGGUGAAGAGUGGUGGCAACCAGGUUCUGCAGAAAGGGGCAGAAGGAGGUGGAGGGCGGGAGAUGGAAGAAACUCCACGCAAGUCGUUGGACAUUGGAGAACUUUUUAGCAAAGGAUUCGGCACUGUGCGCAAAGGGACGAUGCAGGAAUUACGAUAA